AUGAAAAUGAAAUAGCUCACAUUUCGUUCAUAGUGCCUUAGUUCAUUCAUGAUUUAUUUAUUUUAAAAUAUAUUACUAGUUUAAUUUAAUUAGAUUCUAAAAUUUAAUACGACGUCGUUUAAGGAGCCUUAAUUUUCUUCCAUCACAAUGUUUUGGGGUUUAGUUUUGAAACCGGAGAAAACUUAUUCGUCCGUCGUCAGAAAAUCAUUCCAUUUGUCAAUGGCAGCCCUAGACUCUACAUCUUACGAGCACGACGAUCCAAGUACCCAAAUUUAUCCUGUAUUGGUCAAAGUUGAUGGAGUCCAAUUCAUUGUAUGCAAUCUAUCACAGUCUGCUCUGCAAGUAAACUUGGAUUUGGUCUUCAAAAGAGGUUCCAAUAUUACUUUUUCCACGAGUGGUCAAGCAACCAUACACUUGACAGGAUAUCGUAUAAAAGACGAUUUCACCUAUGACUACCCUGGUUACGUACGUAAUGAAUUUUCUGAAAGUUCGAAAAGAAAGGAAUCGAUUGAAGCCAGAAGAGCGGCUCUAGAACGAAGACUCAUGGUGACUUAUUCCUCCACUGAUGAUUCUUCUGGUGACAGUUCGACCAAUUCUAGCGAUAAUCCGAAUGAAGACAGAAGAACGGUUCUAGAACGAAGACUCAUGGUGACUUAUUCCUCCACUGAUGAUUCUUCUGGUGACAGUUCGACCAAUUCUAGCCAUAAUUCUUAUUAUAGUGAUGUAGGCAAGUGGAGAACUGCCCUCAAGCAAAGAUUUCUCCAAACUGGCAAACUUCGAAAAAAAUCAUUUUCAAAAAAAUGACAGCAAAGACCCGUUGAUAGAUAAUGAUCAAGCGUCGAUUUCAAACCCGCAAAAAACGCCAGGUAGUGAUGAAAAACAAGAAAAACAGCAAAUCAAAAAAUGAGACUGUACCUCUUCUUAUUGAAGAUGAUCCAAAGAGCCCUCACGCAAAGAAAUAAACUCUCAGCGAGAGUGUUAUUGUUUGAAGAGUUGAGACCAGGAAUAGGUAAAAUUAUGAAAUUAUGAAAUGUAUUAAUAUUAAACGUUGAAGUUAUCAAAGGUUGGGAUGUCGCUUUGAAUAGUAUGAAAUUUGAUUCAUUAUUUUCAUAUUGUAAUUUGUAUUUGAAUAGUAUCAUUUUUUUUUUUUUCAUAAGAAAGUAGUUUGAUUUAUACUUGUGUGGUCGUCGUUAACUAUGUAAGGAUAAUUAUGAUGUACAUGUUUUAAUUGUACUUUGUGUAACGUGUUCAAUAAUGAAGAUUUAUUCGAUUAUCAUCGUAUCUCUUAUAUGAAUUUAUCGUUAUUAUCUUAUCCCCAUCCUCUUAUUAUGAAAAAUUCAACUUAAUAACUUCCAACGUUUUUAGGGCGGAAUUUGUGCUAUUUGAUGGUUUUUCCAAUUGUUUUUUUUUCAAGUUGAAAUAGAUGACACUACACGAGUACGCCCUGAGUGAAAAAAUCAGCAAAAUUUCAACAUGAAAAUUUGUCUUCGAUGUCUACUUUAGCACGAUUAUCCAAUUUUGAAUGAAUUUUCACAAGAUUUUCAUUUUCAACUUGAAUGGGAUUUCUUUGCAACCAAAUUGUAAUAAUUCUUCAAUUUCCGAUGGAUUUACUCUCAAUUUGAAAAUUAUUUUCCCAUUCUCAUAAACUUUUGAAGAAUUUGGAUAGAUUAAACUAAGUAUAUUAUGCAGGUAUCUAGAUUUUCUCACGAUUUCGCAACAAUAUUCUUCGCAAUUAUUUGCUGAUUUUUGAUCGAUUUUUAGAAAAAUAUUUCGUGAGAACUAAAAAGAGAUUAAAGAUCAUUCGAUUCGAUCAUUUUUUUAAAAACUCAAGCAUGAGAAUCUGAAUGAUAUUUUCUCAAGAUGAAAAAUUGAAGGUCUUACAUUCUGAAAUAAUUGUAGAAAAAUUGCAGAAAUUUAUGAAAAAAUUGAAUUGAGAGUUAUUAUUCUUGAAAACUUCAUUUCUGGACAUAUUUGAAACAAAAUCACGUUGCAAUGGCCAAUUUUCACCAAAAAAAAUACUAGAAAAAUACCUACUUCUGGGGGUCCAAAUUAAUUCAAAAAACAUUGCCCUUUUUUGCUCUUGUCAGAGCUCAGAAGUCACUUUCAAAACAAAUUACCUAUGCAGUUUAAAUGAAAGACUCUCAGACUUGUAGCUCUCUAAUCAUACAUUUUUAGAUUUUUGAGCUUUUUUUUUUUUUUUUUUUUUUUGAAAAAGUGUAAGCCCAAAAAAUAGGUACCUACAUUUUUUCAAACUCAUGUCGAAAGUGGCUCUCGCUCUCCAAAUGGAUUGAUAGUAUAAUAUGACAUAGAAAGAAGUAUGUACUUAUGUAAAAAAAAUAUUUUUUUUGCGUAUGUCAAAAAUGGUCCUCAAAAAGAAUUCGGUAGUACGGAUAUGACCUCGAAAAAAAAAUUAAUUAAAUAAAUGUAUGCACAUUUUGAACUUUUGGGAGAUUUUCUGGAAAAAUUUUGAUUUGCAGGUACCCAAAAAAUACUUGUUCUCUUGAUCGAUCGAAAAUGACUCUCGAAAUAUGUAGGUUGGUAGGUAGUGAAAAGAAGACUGGCCAACUCAGGCCAAGAAAAAGGAUUUCUCAAGUUGCAGCUGCUCAAUCGCGUAUUUUUCGAGCCUUUGGGGGAUUUUUUAAAAAAUUCGUCAAAAGUAGCCCUUGAAAUGGAUUUAUUAAUAAGGAUGUAACCUUGAUUUACAGGUGUACUUAGUCCCUCAUCGCGCAUUUUGAAAUUUUUGAUACAAUUUUUUUUUGCAAAAAUUUGGAUCUAAUACAUUUUUUUUGGCUCACGCCGAAAAAGGUUCUCAAAAAGCGUUGACAAUCAAAAUCUGAUCUGAUCAAGGAAGAAAAUUUCUAGAGCUGUACCUAAAUGUCCAAUCGUACAUACAUUUAGAAAUUUGAGGCAUUUAAAAAAAUAUUUAGCUCUCAAUAAUUACCAACAUCUCUAACAAUAAGGUCUUCAAAUGUGUUUCAAUUCCGGGGGGGGGGGGAAGAGAGAUUAAAAACAUUAAAAUUCAAUAAAACUAAAAUGAGAUAUCUAUUAGUUGAAUUGUUGGAUUAGAAUAAUUAAUGAAUCAUAAGAAAAUGGAAACAAAAACGAAAUUAAAUUAGGACUCAAAUUCAAAUUCAAAUAGGUAAUCAAAAUUCAAAAGUCAGACAGAAUUAGGCAGGCAUGUGAUUUGGAAAUUCAAUGGAGAAGUUGCCAUAAACUCUGAUCAUUUUUUUUCUACUCUAAAAAUCAGGGCUUCAAACCCGAACGUUUUCGGGUACGGGUACAGAUUUAUUUCUCAGAGGAUCGGGUACGGGUAUCGGGUACGGGUAUGAAAAUUUUAAACGUUCGGGUACAGGUACGGGUUCGGGUAUUUUAGGUGAAAUACCCGAACUGUACCCGAUCUAUCGGGUAUUUGGGUUCAAAAUAGUCUCUAUCGGGUACAGGUACAGGUUCGGGUAUUCCUCAUUUCAUUUUUCGGGUACGGGUACAGGUUCGGGUACAGAAAUUGUUGGAUUUUCGUUCGGGUAUUCGGGUAUUCGGGUACGGGUACGGGUACGGGUUUGAAGCCCUGCUAAAAAUUUAAAAAGGUUUUCAAGUUCAAAAAUUGUAAAUUUACUAAAUUUUUAGAAAAAUGAAAAUUGUUGAGCUAGGACAACUUUUUAAAUUUUAAAGAGAGGAAAAAAUUAUCAUUGUUGUGCGAGAUUACGAGUAUUUAUUUAAAAAAAUAAUUUGUAGCCCCUUUGAUUUCCAAGUUGGGCAAAAAGAUAUAAUCACAUAAUUUUGUUCAAUUUUCAUUUUCAAAUCACUACCGACCGCCAUGGUCAAAAUUGGAUUUUGGCUCUUAGAUUUUGAAAACGUAUUAUUUUUGCCCCUUCAAUUUUCAAGAUAGACAACUUGUUUAUCUUACUUUUUUUUACUUGCAUACGUUCAUUACGUUGUGAUAAUAUAUCCAAAUCUGAAGUUUGUAUCUCGGACUCCCUGCAUAAAAAAAUAACGAGGUAAAUUAAAAUUUAACAUCUUUAAAUUUACCACAUCCUUAAAAUACACAUAACGAAACGUUAUAACUAGAAAAAUGGCUAGUCGCUCCACAUCUUGAAACUAGAUACACAAAACGCUAAAACUAGAAACGUAAACACGUGAUCGUAGACAUGUGAACAAAGUUUCCAGGUGGUUGAAGUGGUAAGUGGUCCAGUCGAAAACUUCUAAAACGAACUUUAAAAACUAAGUAAAACUGUAAUAAAACUCAAAGCUUUACUCAAUAGUCAAAACUAAGUGUAACGAACGUAAUCAAGUAUUAAUCAAUAAUAUACUCAAGCUAAAAUAUGCACCAUAGAAAUAUUAUACAUAGAAAAAGAAAAGGAAUGAACAAUAUGCCGCAGCGAAAAUCGAAACAAGAUGUCGAAAAAUUUGGGAAACUGACCGUUGAACAAAUCGAGGAAUUUAUAAAGCAGCCUGAAAACUUGACUGUAGAACGCAUGGAGAAACUUUUCAACCUGACAUUAACCCCAAUUUCGCCGACGCUCACAGGAAUCCAGAACAAUGCGCAGGCUCAUAGUACAAAAUUUUCUCAAUUCAGCACUCCUAUUGAAAUGAAUGAAAUGAUACGCAACCAAUUGGAACAACUAAAACAACUUCAAGAAAUGGGUAGACGUCUGUUACAACAAACAGAGAACAAUUUAACCGUAUUAAAAACAACAGUUCACAAUUUAAGAGCAGCCUCAAAGAAUAUGUUAAAGUUAUACAGAUCUCUUGGAUUCCGAUUCCAACAGACAGUUCCUUUCUUAAAGGAGGCAGCUGAAUCAACUAUUAAAUUUACCCAAGAAGUUGAGGCAGACCUUGAAAGCAUUAGCAUCAGAGUGAAAAUACCUAAUUUAGAUUUUAAUUUUGAAGGUUUUUGAUGUGCUUCGGCUUUAAUAAAUCAUUUUAGUGUCAGUA